UCUUCAUAAUCGCCAUUGUCGUCAGUCAGUGAGUUUUGUGCGGUGUCGUGACUCUGGCGGUUGUUUAGUUCCUUUCUGGCUGCUGUCAAAUGUCGUCAUGUUUUAAAAAUCUAACGCGUGACACGGUUAAAAUAAAAUUAAUAAACAAGAAAAUUAAGUGAAAUACAACAAGAAAUAUCUAUUGUAUGAAAAAAAAGUGAAGAAUUUAUGAAAAAAAACAGAUUUAUUUAAAAAAUAUUUUAAAAUUAAUUUAAACCAGAAAAUUUUUUUAAGAAAAAUAAAAUUUUGAAAUUUUUUUUGUAAAAUUUCAAAAAAACCGGUUAAUUUAGAUGACAAGUGAAGUGUAGCAAGUGAAUUUUUUUUUGUUUACCAAGUUUUAGUUAAAAGCAUUUACCAGGUGCUAAGUUUAGUGGCCAAUUAAAGCAAAAAAUAAAGAAAAAAAGGCCCCAUUAAACAAAAUAAUAAUAAUAAAAACAAAAAGAAAAGUUUUUAAGUGAAAAAACUACAAACAACUUAAAAUUAAAAGAAUUUCUCUUAAGAGAAAAUUUCUAUAUAAAAAUAAAACAGUAUUGCAAGAAAAACAAAAUUCUUAAGAAAAUAAUUCCAAAUAAAAACAAAUUUUAAGAAAAUAAAUUAAACCCAAAAAUUAAUUUUUAAUUAAUAAUUAUUAAAAAAAAGUUCCUGUUGAUUUAAAAAAAAAAUAAAAUUUUUUUAAAAAAACUAAACCAAGUUGUGGAUUACAUUUCAACACAAACAGUAUUAAAAAAAAUAAACAAAAACAAAUUAUUUAUCCCAAACAAUUGCUAAUGGAUUAUAUUAACAACAACAACAAAAGCAACAACUACUACCUAAUGGAUUAAACUAAUUGUUGCUGCUUUAAUUAACUCAUCAAUCAACGAAUUAUUGAAAAAUAACAACAACAACAAAUUCGAAAAUUUUAUUUUGUUUUUUAGAGAAUUUUUUUCUUUAACAAAGUGUUGUUUAAAUGAGCGAGAAAAAAAUUCUCAAAUAUCUUCAUUGACCCCUAACGGAUUUUCAAGACAUGCAAUUAAUUGUUGACAAAAUUCCCAUGUUUUCGAAACAAACAACAAAACGUAAUUCCAAAAAAAAAAAUGAUGAAAUGAAUGGCCAAGCAGGCUCCUCAAGGGCUCCAGCCUUAGGGGGCCAAAUAUCACCACCUGGCGGUUAUACAGAAGCACAACAUCAACAGCAGCAACAAUUCCAACAGCAACAGCAAUUCUAUCAACAACAACAGCAGCAACAGCAAAAUUUCCCACAUCAACAGCAUCAUCCACAUCUCAAUCAUCAACAACAACAACAGCUUCAUCAUCAACAACAGCACCAGCAGCAACAUCAACAACAACAACAACACCAACAACAUUUUCUAAAUCAUGCCAAUACCAAUACAUCUUAUCCCGGCAGUAGUUCUUAUUUAGGCGAAUCCGAUAGUUUACGCACUUUAAAUAAUACCUUUGGUCCCAAUUCGGAAUUUACCUCAUCGACGUUAAAAGAGGAGCGUCUACAGUUUCCCGGUGGCCACACUAGAGAUAGUGUUAGUGCGGGUGCUGCCAGCACGAGUAGUGUUAGUGGUGGUGUUAUAAGUCCUGCCUUAACUUCGCCUGCGGCAAAUUCGGCCAGCAAUCCAUCGGCGAAUUAUAAUAAUAUGGUAACAGCUACUGGUGCUCAACAGGCCAAUAUGGAUGCUAUGAGUAGUUAUAGUCAGAUGGGUGGUAUGCACCCUGGAGCCAAUAAUGGCAUGAUGAGUACAUCAGCACAGUCACAACACACGCAUCAAUAUAUGAAUGGUAAUGGUGGUGGUGUUGGUGGUCCUGGUAUGAAUCCAGCAGCCAUGGGUCCCAUGUCGGGUGGUGGCGGUAAUGGUGCCAGUACAGCCAGUCAAGCCAAUAUGCAAAUGAAUCAAAUGGGUGGUGCAAAUGUUGGUUCUAUGAAUCCAGCUGGUCAAAUGAAUGGUAUGCCAGGUUAUAAUAAUGGUAUUGGAGGACCAGCAACGGCGUCAGCGAGGCAUCAUCAAAUGUCGAGCAUGAAUCAAAUGCAAAAUAUGUCUAUGAAUGGUAUGGGUGGCAUGCAACCGGGUGGUGGUGGCAUGGGUCCCGGUGGUUCGGCCAGCAGUAUGUCUUUACAUCAGCAGCAGCAACAGCAGCAAAUGAAUGCCAUGAAUCCAAUGGCUAAAAUGCAAGGUAUGGCCAAUGGUGGCUACAAUCAAAGACGCAUGACACCCUAUCCCAAUCCACAAAUGCAUGCGGCACAGAAGCGUGGUGGUGGUGGCAUGUAUCCCAUGAAUUCUCAAAAUGUUCCUCAACAACAGGGCGGUGGCAUGCCAUACGGUGCUGGACAAAUGCAUCCACAAUCGAGUAAUGGUGUUCCAUUGCCCAUGCAGGCGGGCUAUGGACGAGCUGGCCCCAUGGCGGGUUAUGGUAGACCAGGACCAGGAAAUUGUGGCAGUAUGAGUGGCAUGGGUCCGGGUGGUAUGGGUCCAGGCGGCAUGGGUCCUGGUGGCAUGGGUCCUGGCGGUAUGGGACCUGGUGGUGGGUCCUGGCGGUAUGGACCUGGUGGUAUGGGUCCUGGUGGCAUGGGUCCUGGCGGUAUGGGUCCUGGUGGCAUGGGUCCUGGUGGUAUGGGUCCUGGUGGCUGCAUGAGUUCUAUGCAACGUUUUGGUGGCGGCGGUUAUGGUCCCAGUUCACAUCAUUCUCAACAGGGACAAUUUUAUCCCGGCUCUCAACCUGGUAUGGGUAUGAAUGGUGGCAGCUCUGCUGGUGGCAUGUGUCCGGCUGGUCCCGGUUCUGCUUCUAGUACUGGCAAUCCUUAUCAAAAUCAAGGUUUUCAACAAAAUUAUCAACAUAGUCCAGUUCCUGGCAAUCCAACACCUCCAUUAACACCCGCCUGCAGUGUACCCUACGUCAGUCCAAAUCCUGAUAUUAAACCUCAAAUGGAUAAUUGCGAAGAAAUGAGACUGACAUUCCCAGUACGUGAUGGCAUUAUACUUCCACCUUUCCGUUUGUUACACAAUCUAUCCGUUAGCAAUCAUGUAUUCCACCUCAAGCAAAAUGUUUACAAUACCCUCAUGUGUCGAUCGGAUUUGGAAUUACAAUUAAAAUGCUUCCAUCAAGAUGAUAGACAAAUGAAUACCAAUUGGCCACAUACGGUAACGGUAUCGGCUAAUGCUACCCCACUAAAUAUCGAACGUUCCGAGAAGACCGGUCAAGCUUUAAGGCCGUUAUAUUUGAAAUCUGUUUGCCAGCCGGGACGUAAUACAUUACAAUUAACUGCUAGUUCCUGCUGUUGUUCCCACUUAUUCGUUUUACAACUAGUCCAUCGACCAUCUGUACGGCAAGUUAUGCAAAGUUUACACAAACGUAAUCUAUUACCUUUGGAACAUAGUGUGGCCAAGAUUAAACGCUAUUUUGCUAUUGGUAUGGUGGGCGGUAGUGGACCGAAUUCACAGAAUCCCGAUGGCUCUAGCAAUGGCAGUAAUGUGAAUGAUCCUAAUAAAUGUGCAAAGAUCUCGUUGAAAUGUCCGAUCAUGAAAUCUCGAAUACGUUUGCCUGCCCGUGGUCUUGAGUGUAAACAUGUCCAGUGCUUCGAUUUGGAGGGUUAUCUAAUGAUGAACUGUGAACGAGGAACGUGGCGUUGUCCGGAAUGUAGUAAACCUGCUUUAACCGAAAGUCUAGAAAUCGAUCAGUAUUACUGGGCCAUUUUGAAUACACUCAGCAAUACGGAUGUCGAGGAGGUGGUCAUUGAUUCCUCCGCCAAUUGGCGGGCAGUGCAGGGUAAUAUGCAAGGCAGUCCAAAUAGUAAUAAUACGGGCAGCAGUGGUGUGGGAGGUGGUCCAUCGGGUCCCUCAUCUGUUGUCCCUUCCAGUAAUAAUGCUAAUAACAUGAGCAUACCGGCCAUAAAGCAGGAAAAUUUCAGCGAUGACAUGACCAAAGUUAUGUCACCCGGUUCAACGCAAUUACCCACUUGGGAUAAUUCACAAGCAAUGAGUCCUUACAACUGUCAUGAUAUGAAUUCUAUUGCCAAUGGUAAUAUGAUGGGCGGUAGCCAGUGGGUAAUCAAAAUGGCAAUAAUAGGUGACAACAACAACAACCGCAGCAGCAAGAUUCAGCCCAUCAAAUAACUCAUGACACAUUUAAAUGAACCUCUUGAUCAGCUAAAUGCCAUGGAGAAAUCCCUUAAUGAUCAGAUGCCCCAUACCCCGCACACACCACAUACACCUGGCGGUGCCAGUCAUCCCAUGACACCAGGCGGUCCACCUUCGGUUAGUUCGGCACACAACGAGCCCAUGAAUGCAACACCGAAUAAUAAUUCCAGUAAUCACAAUUCACCCCAAACACCAGGCACUCCUAACAAUCGCAUGUCUACUGGUAACAGUACACAACAACAACAACAAGAUGGUCAGCAGCAACAACAACAAACACAACAACAGUCACAACAAGAACAAAUUAUAAACUCAUUAAUAAAUUCACAAACAUCCGAUUUAGUGAAUCUCAAUGAGGGCGAUUUAAAUGCCGAACUAAAUAGUUUUGAUCCAUCAAAUAUGAAUCAUGCCGAUGCCGCCAAUGAUUUGAAUCUGCUCUCAGAUGUUGAUCCUUUGGAAAUUUUGUCUUAUUUAGAUCCUCAACCGGAUUUAAAUACCCCACCCUCUAGCGGCUCUAGUAAUAACAAUAACAAUGAAGAUAUUUUGGCCUCUUUAUUUGAUUAAAUUAAAUUAACUAUUAUAAUCUUUAUUAUAUGCUUUAAAAUCAACCAUUUUAAUAGGUGUGUUCAUUAACUAAAACAAACUGAAAAACGAUUUACUUGUUAAAGUAAUUUCUAGUUUAAUACAAACACACCUAAUGUAUAUAAAUAAAUAAAAACAUUUCCUUCAAUAACAACAGCAAAUCCUUUAUCAAAAAUUAAAAAAAAAAAAAAAAUCAAAUAUUUAAAAGUAUAAAAUAAAGCUAAAACUGAAUAUUUAGAAAAAUUUAUGAUAAAAACAACCAAUCCCAACUUAAUAAACUAUAUUGUAAAUAGUAUUACUAAAUUAAAAUAUAUAUUAAUAUAAAAAGCGUACGA